AUGGACGUCUCUCUACUCCUCAAUGUGGAGGGUGUUAAGAAGACCAUUCUGCACGGGGGAGUAGGAGAACUCCCUAACUUCAUCUCUGGCUCCCGGGUGACGUUUCAUUUCCGAACCAUGAAGUGUGAUGAGGAGCACACAGUGAUAGAUGACAGCAGACAGGUGGGCCAGCCCAUGAGCAUCAUCCUCGGAAAUAUGUUCAAGCUGGAGGUGUGGGAGACGCUGCUGACGUCCAUGCGGCUCGGGGAAGUGGCCGAGUUCUGGUGCGACACCAUCCACACAGGAGUCUACCCUAUGUUGUCUCGCAGUCUACGGCAGGUGGCUGAGGGCAAGGACCCCACCGGAUGGCAUGUGCACACGUGCGGGUUGGCCAACAUGUUCGCAUACCAUACUCUGGGCUACGAGGACCUGGAUGAACUGCAGAAGGAGCCGCAGCCACUCAUCUUCCUGAUUGAGCUGCUGCAGGUGGAGGCCCCGAGCGAGUACCAGAGGGAGACGUGGAAUCUGAACAAUGAAGAGAGGAUGCAGGCCGUUCCUCUCCUUCACGGGGAAGGCAACAGGCUCUACAAGCUGGGUCGCUACGAUCAGGCUGCCACCAAGUACCAGGAGGCCAUCGUGUGCCUGAGGAAUCUUCAGACUAAGGAGAAGCCCUGGGAGGUGGAGUGGCUGAAGUUGGAGAAGAUGAUCAACACCUUAAUCCUCAACUACUGCCAGUGCCUGCUGAAGAAGGAGGAGUACUACGAGGUGUUGGAGCAUACCAGCGACAUCCUGCGUCAUCACCCAGGGAUCGUGAAGGCCUACUAUGUGCGCGCACGCGCUCACGCAGAGGUUUGGAACGCUGAGGAGGCCAAGGCGGACCUCGAGAAAGUACUGGAGCUGGAACCUUCCAUGCGCAAGGCGGUGCUCAGGGAACUGAGGCAGCUGGAGAGUCGUCUGUCGGACAAGCAGGAGGAGGAGCGGCAGCGCUGCCGGAAUAUGCUGGGCUAG